AUGGUUGUCCACGGUGGGGAGAAGAAUUGUGUGUGGAGGACAAAAGGACAAAAGGAUGGCGUGGGGAGAAUGGUUUGUGGGAGAAGAGGGAGAAUGAGGCUUGCGCUGCAGGUGGGGGAGAAGGGGAGAAGGAGGCUUGCGGGGGAGAAGGGGAGAAGGGGAGAAGGAGGCUUGCGGGGGAGAAGGGGAGAAGGGAGCUUGCUGCAGUGUGGGGGAGAAGGGGAGAAGGAGGCUAGGUCAAAGAUUCCCAAAGACGUGGUGCAGUGCAGAGGGAAUCUGCUUUUUAUUGGGGUGCGGUGGAGGGGUUUUGGGGGUGCAGCUGACGUGAGGGCUGUGAGGGGUGCAGGUAUUUGGGGGUGCAGUGCGGUGAAAUUGAAAAAAGAGACAGUAAAAUUAUUUUUAACCAAGGGCAACGUUGGAAAUAAAAUACGUUUUGGGGGUACAGGAGUUUUCUUUGGAGGUGCAGGGAGAAGCCCCCCUUUGUUUACACUUGAUUUGUCACACAAUGAACUUGAAGGUCCAAUUCUAACAUUUUCAAGAAAUGUGACUUCUUUGAUUGUACUUGAUCUCUCGUACAAUAGACUUUCAAGUCUGACAAAUCAAUUUGAGGUUUAUAAAAGUAUUAUCACAAUAAAUUUUUGUAGCAACAAAAUUGGUGGAAAAAUUCCAAGAUCAAUUGGAAAACUUUCAUCGUUGAGAUAUCUUACUCUAUCCAAUAAUCAACUUAGUGAAAAUCCAUUUGAAAAUCUUAGAUCGCUCUCCGAAUUGUCAUUCCUUGAUAUUGGUGAUAAUCGUUUUGAAGGAGUGGUCAUGGAAGAUCAUCUUUCAAAUCUUACAAGCUUGAGUGAGUUUUAUGCAUCAGGAAACUAUUUGACUUUAAAAGUAGAUCCCAAUUGGAAUCCCACUUUUCAACUUACUGACUUAGAUAUGAGCACCGGGAAAUUAGGUCCCAACUUUCCAUCAUGGAUUCACUCACAAAGCAACCUUCACCAUUUAUCUAUGUCUAAUACAGGGAUUUUAGAUUCUAUUCCAUCUUGGUUUUGGGAAACAUUUUCUCAAGUUUCUUUUGUGAACCUAUCUCACAAUUACAUCCAUGGUAACCUUGGGGCUACAUUAACGAUUCCAAUAUCUAUGGAUGUUGUUGAUCUAAGUGCAAAUAACUUGUGUGGUCAAUUGCCCCCUAUUUCACGUGGCGUGGCCUUUUUAGAUCUUUCAAGCAAUUCAUUCUACAAAUCCAUGGAUAAAUUUUUAUGUAAUAAUGAUGAUAAUAUAAUGUGGUUUCUCAAUCUUGCUUCUAAUAAUUUGUGGGGAGAAAUACCUAAUUGUUGGAUGUUUUGGCCAAAUUUAGUGUAUAUAAAUUUGCAGAGCAACAAUUUUGUCGGUAACUUACCUCCAUCCAUGGGUGCCUUGGAAUCAAUGGAGUUUUUACAACUUGGUAACAAUUCACUCUCAGGAACGUUUCCUACAAGUUUGAUGGAGAAUGAAUUAUUGACACUUUUGGACAUGAGAGGAAAUAAACUCGUAGGAACUAUUCCAAAGUGGGUUGGAGAAAAGUUCUUAAAUAUGAGAAUCCUUUGCCUAAGUUCAAACAUUUUUUCUGGUCAUAUCCCAAAUGAAAUAUGCAAAAUGAGUCUCCUUCAAGUUUUAGACCUUGCACAAAAUAAUUUAUCCGGUGGUAUACCUACUUGUUUCAAUAAAUUUAGUGCCAUGACACUAAUGAAUAAAAGUACAAAUUCUAUUAUAGAAUAUUCACCGACAUUGACAGAUUAUUCUUCCGUUAUUGGUACCGUUGGUGUGCUUCUUUUGCUAAAGGGAAGAAUAGUUGAGCACAAAAACAUUCUGGGAUUGGUAACAAGUAUUGAUUUGUCAAAUAAUCAAUUGACCGGAGAAGUACCAAUUGAAAUAACAUAUUUAAAUGGUUUGAUAUUUUUGAACUUGUCCCACAACCAACUAAUUGGUCAUAUUCCAAGAAGCAUCGGUAACAUGGGAUCGUUAUUGUCCAUCGAUUUCUCAAAGAAUCAACUUUCUGGUGAAAUCCCUCAAACCAUUUCAGAUUUGAGCUUUCUAAGUUUGCUAAAUUUGUCUUAUAAUCAUUUAAAGGGGAAAAUUCCAACAGGAACUCAAUUGCAAACGUUUGAUGCCUCCGACUUCAUUGGGAAUGAUCUAUGCGACUCACCACUACCCAUCAAUUGCAGCUCCAAUACAAAAGUUGAUAAUUUUGAUCACAUCGAAAAAGGUAGUGAUAAACAUGGGAUAAACUGGUCUUUUGUGAGUAUGACAUUUGGAUUUGUUGUGGGAUUUUGGAUAGUGAUUGGUCCUUUGCUCAUUGUAGAUCAUGGUGUUAUACCUAUUUUCAUUUCCUUAACCAUGUUUGGUUUAAACUUCAAUCUCUUUUUUGAUGCAAGUACUCUAUAUAGUAUAAUGAAAAAUAAAUUGUAA